GCUGCGGCUGCGGCCUUGUCUCUGACUUUGGAAAGAACUAAGCUUGGUGAUGAUAAAGAUUUAGAGUGCAUGCAAGAAUCAUUCCGCAUACUAGAUCUCCAGAAGGAAGCAAAGAUGGGGGAGAUAGUGAACAUGGCGAGCGAGCAAUGCCAGAAAGAACUGGAAGAGAUGCUUGACAUGUUUGUGGCUGAAAUAUUGCACUUACUGUCAUACGGCCCUGGUACAGAUGGUGCAGAAUGGUGGAGGAAUGCUUCUGAGAGGUUCUUGUCGCUCCCUCCAGGGGAUCAAGGGAGAGAGGACAUGGUUGCUAUGGCACGCACAACAGCAUCUGCUAUACAGAGGAUGACAAUUAGCAACUUAAACAUCCAGACAGGCGCACACAUUGAGCAAGUGGUUGAGGAGUCGGACAUGGAAGGCAACAAUGGCGAGCCGGGAGCACCUACUAGUGAGGGUACUAUCUAUGUACAUCACCGGUCCCAGCUUUCGAUAUAAACUAUUGGCAUGGGGGG